UUAAUAAAUCUCUGAAAUGAACGAAAAUUCUAUUGAUUAUGCUGAGAGCAUUUAUUCAAAUAUGAAUGAUUUAUAUAGAAUUGGAUUAAAGUUUUAUAAAGAAAAAAAUGGUAAGGCCAUACAUUUGAAAUAUCAAGACAACUUAAAAUUAGUGGCCUGCACAAAGCAAGUUCAUUAUGGUGCUUACAAACCAGAAUUUAAUAAGGAUGUAGGUUAUUUCAAUAUCAUCGGAAAUGAUAGAAGGGAAGCGUGGAAAUGUUUAGGAGAUAUGUCCAAAAUGGACGCCAUCUUAACGUUCGUCAAAAUUCUGCGAGAUAAUUGCCCCACGUUCAUGCCUUACGCCCUGGCCCAUUCGAAAGAUGUAGAAAAUCGUAAUCAUAUAUCGAAGAAUACGCACCCGCCUAACAAUCAACACCCUCCCAUUCCGAACGGCGUAAUCGCGGAUCCCGAUCGGAAAUUUUUGGAGGAAGAGGACGAGAAUUUCCAAAACAUCGCGCAUGAUAAAAAGGAUUGGGAGGCCUAUUUCAAUCAACACAUCUUCCCUCAGUUGCUGGAAUACGCUUCGCGCCAGUUCCCCAGCGAUACCUUUCAAAGAGACGCCCUGGUUCAACAUUUGCAGGUCCAAUAUAUGUCUAAGUUCGGUCAACCUUACAACGCGAAUAUCGGUCAUCAUCAACCUAGCAACACUCUUAAUUUCAACACGAACCAUAUCAAUAAUUACGAAAUGUCCUCUUCUCAACCCCAACAAGGAAUGGCUGAUGAGUUUAAGAAUAAUAUUCCCGAAAUGUACCAACCCAAUCUGCUCUCGUCAUCAUUCGUCGACACAAAAGAAGGAACCUCCGCGAGGAACGAAUAUUGGGAAAAAGAUACCCUAAAAAAUGACAAUUAUUUCAACCCUUCCUCCAAUCCAGAAUACUAUAAGAGUAAAAGCUAUGCUGGCCAAGGGGAUUCAUCUAAAUCAUUCUUCGAAUCGAAUAUUGGGAACGGGGUUCAAGACACGUCGUAUUUAAAUCAUAUGGACGGCAACUCAUCGGACACGGUCAUAGAGGAAGGGGAUAUCGUGGAAACUAUUGAGGACAUUGAGACAUAUGAAGCGGCCGGGGAAGAUAUUAUGCCGGCCUCCAUGUGGGUCAGGAAGGACUUGAAGCAGUUCAAGCAAGACGUCCGGCAACACCACAAGGAAUGCAUGAUCAAAGUUGGUCAUGGCGAGACUGUGACGGUGAGAGUUCCGACCCACGAAAAUGGUAACAGUCUUUUUUGGGAGUUCGCCACCGAUGGCUACGAUAUAGGUUUUGGCGUGUUUUUUGAAUGGUGCAAGCCUUAUACAAACAAGAUAAGCGUUUACAUCUCCGAAUCGAGUAGUGAAGAGGAGGAAGGGGACGAGAUAGAAGAGGAAAAUCAAGAAGAAUUGGCCGAGAUUAUUCAUGGAUCCUCCAAGGAACCCAAUGCCAGAGGUUCUUCUCUGAAGACGGACCUAGAGACUGGCAACCCAAAUCCGUCCUCUCAAUCUAGAAUUUCGUCAUUGCCCUCCGAGACACCUCACACCUCUUUACAACAAACGACAUCAUCGUCUUUGGAAAACGGGCAGGAAGAAACGCGCCAUUCCCACGAAAGCUCCCCGGCUGACAUCAGGGAAGGCGCAGGUGACGAAAGGCCUAAAGCCUUUAUAGAUGAGAUAAUCCCGCUGGAAAGACGGGACAGUCACCUUCAAAUCUACGCUGGCAGCCAUCCUUACCCGGGUUCCGGUGUUUACUUGCUAAAAUUCGACAAUUCUUACUCGCUUUGGCGUUCAAAAGCGCUUUAUUACAAGAUAUAUUACACCAAAUGAUAAAAAAUAAAUAAAUAAUAUAAUACUAUAUAAUUUAUAUGUCGUAUUUGAAGAGUAAAAAAACAUAUUAAAGUAAAUAGAAUCACCAAUCGCACAGCACAUUUAUAAAAAAAAUUAAAAUAUUUGAUAUUCAUCCUUUUUUUAGUGUAAAUAUUUUUUGUCAUAUCUUAGUUUUGACUUGCGAAUUAAUUUGGAUAAAAAAAAAUUAAUUGUUAAUAUAAAAUAAUACCACCUGUCGUUUGAUUUUUUUUGAUAGUUUACUUUUCAAAAUUAUAAGCAAAAUACGGAAGUUAAACAAAACAAAAUCACAGUAUAUUAUUUUUGGAAAGGUUGGGAGGGUGUUUAUAAAAAAUGUUUUAUAUGUUGUAUUCAUAAGUUAGUAUUUUCCCAUUCGUGCCAAGGAAAUUUGUAUUUCACUUUUUGUUUCUUUCCAUAAAAUCUGAACCCUUUAGCAAAAGUUUCCAUUCUCUUUUUUUUGAAUAAUUUACUCGUAGUCUAUCCGAUCCAUCAUUUAAUUCGAUAUAAUAUGAUGCCAUUACGAUUUUUUUUCUAUGUAUGGGGGGGGGGGGUGGAUAGCUUAUAUCUUUACUCCCCCUUUUUUUGCGUACUCUUAUAAUAAUACAUGCCAUUGCUAAAUAACCAAAAACACUUUUAUUUCUAAAUUUUUAAAUUUAAUUUUUCUAUAAUCAUUAAUCUAUAUCUCACUUUAAUUUAUUUAUUUUUAUAUUGAAAAAAAAAUGACCCCGGUAAAAUUAUUUAUUUUCUUUUUUUAAAUAGAUAAAAAUUAAAGUUCUAUCUUAAAAUUUGUAUAUAUAUUUAUAUAUAUUUUUUUGUAUUUAUUAUAUAUUUUAAUAAAUGUAUUCAUAUUAUUGAUAAUAUUAUUUAUUUUUUUCAUUAGAAUCAUAAUACUCACUUAACUCCACAAUGUAACUAUUGUUGUUUAUUUUAUUUUUUUGGAAUAAUGGCUAAAAUGCACAUGAACACCAUAAUUGGACAGUGUAAUAUUUAAAGCAGAAAAAUAUCCUUUUAUACAUUCUUCCCCUUUACACAUUCGAAUCCUAAUAAAUCUUAAACUUUAUUCCUCAGAGCUCGAGGAACAUACGGGUUAUUUAUAUUAUUUCUACGAGUCUUACUUUCUGACAUUUUCUAAACUUAUUAUAAAAUUCGAUUUUGAAAUGCUACCUUGCAAAUUUUCAAAUGAUAAUUUGUAAGAUAAAUAUUUAUUUUAUAAUCUCCUUUUUUUCCAAAUGUAUUGUCAAGAAAUUUUGCUCCUCUUUUAUAUCAUAAAAAAUGAAUCCGAGCUCACUUUAAAAAUUUAGGAAAAACGACACUAAGAAUUUGCACAAAUUAUG